GAUCUUUGCCUUGCCUUCCCUUCGACGCCGUUUGUACUCGUAGACACGGAUGAAAAUUUGGACGAAACCUAUAUGAAUGGUGAUUAUUUAUAAGCGUCGUAUUGAAAAAGUGAUCGUGUUAUGACUUUAUGAAGAAAAUUCGUUGAAAAAUAUUCAUUUAUAUUUUACUUGACCUGGGUUCUGAAUAAGGCCUGGAAGCUAGUGAUUCUGUGUGUGAAGUUUAUGUGUGUCAACUGUGCUUGAAGCAUUGCUUCUUCAUAAUUUUUGAUCUAGUUGCGUGGCGCGGUGAGAUCCUGCCGUGAUGACGACCGACAUCACGGUGUCCCGCUGGGACCCGUCCGUCCGCAGCGGACAGGAGAUCAUAGACGAGUACGAUGGCGGCAAUUCCUCAUCAAGGCUAUUCGAACGAUCGCGUAUUAAAGCGCUCGCAGACGAACGAGAAAGUGUACAGAAGAAGACCUUUCAGAAAUGGGUGAAUUCUCACCUGGUGCGUGUGGGAUGUCGCAUCAAUGACCUGAAUGUGGAUAUGAGGGAUGGGAAAAUGCUCAUCAAACUGCUGGAAGUGCUGUCCGGGGAGAGAUUGCCUCGCCCAACAAAAGGCAAGAUGCGAAUCCAUUGCCUUGAGAACGUCGAUAAAGCUUUGCAGUUCCUGCGUGAACAGAGAGUCCACCUCGAGAACAUGGGCUCCCAUGACAUCGUCGACGGGAACGCCAGGCUCAACCUGGGUCUUAUAUGGACCAUCAUAUUGAGAUUCCAGAUCCAAGAUAUUACCAUCGAGGAAACAGACAACAAGGAGACCAAAUCGGCAAAGGACGCGCUGCUGCUGUGGUGUCAGAUGAAGACGGCUGGCUACAACAACGUGAACGUACGCAACUUCACCACGUCCUGGCGCGACGGACUCGCCUUCAACGCCAUCAUACACAAACACAGACCCGAGCUGAUACAAUUCGAGAAGCUGCACAGGAGCAAUCACAUACACAACUUGAACAACGCCUUCAACGUCGCCGAGGAAAAACUCGGACUGACCAAGCUUUUGGAUGCCGAAGAUAUCGCGGUAGAGCAUCCCGAUGAGAGGUCUAUCAUAACGUACGUGGUGACGUACUACCACUACUUCAGUAAGCUGAAACAGGAGACGGUGCAAGGGAAGCGUAUCGGAAAGGUGGUGGGGAUAGCCAUGGAGAAUGAGAAGAUGGUGCAAGAAUAUGAAUCCCUGACUAGUGAUCUCCUCCAAUGGAUCGAGCGCACAAUCGAAGCUCUGGGUGACAGGACAUUCGCCAACUCCCUGGAGGGAGUCCGCCAACAGCUCAUACAGUUCGCCAACUACCGUACUGUUGAAAAACCACCUAAGUUCGUGGAGAAGGGUAACUUGGAGGUGUUGUUAUUCACGCUCCAGUCUCGCAUGCGGGCUGCCAACCAGAAGCCUUACACUCCUCGCGAGGGGAGAAUGAUCCACGACAUCAACAGGGCCUGGGAGCGACUGGAGAAGGCUGAACACGAACGAGAGCUGGCGCUCCGCGAGGAGCUCAUACGACAGGAGAAGCUGGAACAACUGGCCGCCAGAUUCAAUCGUAAGGCUCAAAUGCGUGAGACGUGGCUGUCUGAGAACCAACGUCUGGUGAGCCAGGAUAACUUCGGCUUCGAUCUAGCGGCGGUGGAGGCGGCCGCCAAGAAACAUGAAGCCAUAGAGACAGACAUCUUCGCUUACGAGGAGAGAGUCCAGGCUGUAGUGGCUGUGUGCUCUGAACUGCAGGCUGAAAGAUAUCAUGAUAUGGAACGUGUCUGCGCGCGUCGUGAUAACGUCCUUCGUCUGUGGGCCUACCUGCUGGAACUGCUGCGGGCGAGGCGCGCCAGACUCGAGCUGUCACUCCAGCUGCAACAGAACUUCCAGGAGAUGCUAUACAUCCUGGACUCCAUGGAAGAGAUCAAGAUGCGUCUGUUGACCGACGACUACGGCAAACAUCUCAUGGGAGUAGAGGACUUGUUGCAGAAACACGCCCUGGUCGAGGCAGACAUCAACGUACUAGGGGAACGAGUCAAGGUGGUGGUGGGUCAAUCCCAGCGGUUCCUGGAGCAAGAGGAAGGCGGUUACCGUCCUUGCGACCCCGCUAUCACUGUGGAGCGGAUACAACAGCUGGAGAACGCGUACGCUGAGCUUGUACAUCUCGCUGUGGAACGCAGGAAGCGUCUAGAAGACAGUCGCAAGCUGUGGCAGUUCUACUGGGAUAUGGCUGAUGAAGAGAACUGGAUCAAGGAGAAGGAACAGAUCGUAUCCGUCGACGACAUCGGACACGACCUGUCCACUGUGUACCUGCUGGUGUCCAAACAUAAAGCGCUUCAAGCGGACGUCGAGGCCCACGAGUUGCAGCUGAUGGAUGCCGCAGCUGUUGGAGACGAACUGGUCGGUCAAGGACACUUUGGAGCCGCUCGUAUACAGGAACGUCUGCGAGAUAUUCUGUCUCAGUGGAACCAUCUCCUGGACGUGGUGCAUCUUCGUAAGAACCGCCUGGACGCGGCGGUACGCUAUCAUCAGCUGUUCGCGGACGCCGACGACAUCGACUUCUGGAUGUUGGAUACUCUCAGACUCGUGUCGUCUGAGGAUACCGGUGUGGAUGAAGCCCAAGUACAGAGUCUGCUAAAGAAACACAAGGACGUCACUGACGAACUGAAGCACUACGCCAACGUUAUACAACAGUUGAAGCAACAGGCGGCCGAGCUUAGUCCCGAGGAUGCUAACAGCACCGAAGUCCAAGAACGUCUGGCCGCCAUAGACUCGCGACACGGCGAGCUGGCGGAGAUAGCUCGUCUGCGCAAGCAGCGCCUGCUAGACGCUCUGUCGCUGUUCAAGCUGUUGGCCGAGGCUGAUGCAGCGGAUCAGUGGAUCGCGGAGAAACACCGCAUGCUGGAUACCAUGCUACCGCCCAAAGACAUAGACGACGUGGAGAUCAUGAAGCAUAGGUACGACGGUUUUGACAAGGAGAUGAACGCGAACGCGAGCCGCGUGGCGGUAGUGAAUCAGCUGGCUCGUCAGCUGGUACACGUGGAACACCCACAGGCGCCGCGCAUUCAGGAAAGGCAACAGGCACUCAACACUGCCUGGAGCGCGCUCCGCGAGAAGGCCGAAGCCAAGAAGGACGAUUUGAAAUCGGCACAGGGCGUGCAGACAUUCUACAUCGAAUGUCGCGAGACUGUGUCUUGGAUCGAGGACAAGAAACGCAUUCUGCAACAGACGGACAACUUGGAGAUGGACCUUAAUGGUGUAAUGACUCUCCAGCGCCGUCUGUCGGGUAUGGAACGGGAUUUGGCCGCCAUACAGGCUCGCAUCGCCUCCCUGGAGAGCGAGGCUUCAGCUAUCGAGAACGAACAUCCGGAGGAAGCUCGGCUCAUCAGAGACAGAGUACACGCCAUCACUGACAACUGGGAAGAUCUCACGCAGAUGCUCAAAGAGCGUGACUCUAAGCUGGAAGAGGCCGGUGACCUGCAUCGCUUCCUUCGCUCUGUGGAUCACUUCCAGGCCUGGCUCACUAAGACGCAGACUGAUGUUGCUUCCGAAGAUAUACCAGCGAGCUUGCCGGAAGCGGAAAAGCUCUUGUCGCAGCAUCAGACGAUCAAGGAAGAGAUCGACAACUACAAGGACGAAUACGCCAAGAUGAUGGAGUACGGAGAGAAAAUUACAGCCGAACCUUCGACCCAGGACGAUCCUCAGUAUAUGUUCCUUCGCGAGCGUCUGAAGGCACUCCGCGAGGGCUGGGCCGAGUUACAACAGAUGUGGGAGAACAGACAGCAGUUACUCACACAGUCCCUGGAACUACAGCUGUUGCAGCGGGACGCGAGACAGGCUGAGGUGUUGCUCGCACACCAAGAGCACAGACUGGCUAAGACUGAACCGCCAGCAAACCUCGAACAAGCUGAAAACAUGAUAAAAGAGAACGAAGCAUUCCUUACUACUAUGGAGGCGAACGACGACAAGAUAAACUCAGUGGUUCAGUUCGCUAACCGGCUCGUCGAAGAGAGGCACUUCGAUGCCGACAAGAUACAACGCAAGGCGGAGAGCAUUCGUUCGAGACGCGAUGCCAACAAGGAGAAGGCCUUACAGCAGAUGGAGAAACUGCAAGACCAGCUGCAACUCCACCAGUUCCUGCAGGAUUGUGACGAACUAGGUGAAUGGGUACAAGAGAAGAACGUCACCGCACAAGACGACACGUACCGCUCCGCCAAGACCAUCCAUUCUAAGUGGACCCGCCAUCAAGCUUUCGAAGCGGAAAUCGCCGCCAACAAGGAACGCCUCUUCGCCGUGCAGAACGCGGCCGAGGAACUCAUGAAACAGAAGCCCGAAUUCGUUGAAGUGAUUUCACCAAAAAUGCACGAACUUCAAGAUCAGUUCGAGAAUCUGCAGACGACUACGAAGGAGAAGGGCGAGCGGCUCUUCGACGCGAACCGCGAAGUGCUCCUCCACCAGACGUGCGACGACAUCGACUCCUGGAUGAACGAGCUGGAGAAACAGAUCGAAAACACGGACACUGGCACUGAUCUGGCAUCUGUCAACAUUCUGAUGCAGAAGCAACAGAUGAUCGAGACUCAGAUGGCCGUUAAGGCGAAGCAGGUCACGGAGUUGGAGACCCAAGCCGAGUACCUCCAGAAGACGGUCCCCGACAAGAUGGAGGAGAUCAAGGAGAAGAAGAAGUCCGUGGAACAGAGAUUCGAACAGCUCAAGGCGCCGCUUCUGGAUCGCCAGAGGCAGCUCGCCAAGAAGAAGGAAGCCUUCCAAUUCCGUCGCGACGUCGAGGAUGAGAAACUGUGGAUUCACGAGAAACUACCGGUAGCUAGCAACACCGACUACGGCAACUCACUGUUCAACGUACAGAUGCUACAGAAGAAGAACCAGUCGCUGAAGACCGAAACAGACAACCACGAGCCCAGGAUAUUGACCGUCAUCUCCAAUGGACAGAAAUUGAUCGACGAGGGUCACGAAGAUGCACCCGAAUUCAAAAGUCGUAUUGAAGAACUCACCGCUCGUUGGCGAGAACUUAAAGAUGCCAUCGAACAACGUAAAAACAACCUGUCCCAAUGGGAGAAGGCUCAACAAUAUCUGUUCGACGCGAACGAAGCUGAGGCGUGGAUGAGCGAGCAGGAGCUGUACAUGAUGGUCGAGGAUCGCGGAAAAGACGAGAUAUCGGCACAGAACCUGAUGAAGAAGCACGAGAUACUGGAACAGGCUGUGGAUGACUACGCACAGACCAUCAGACAGCUGGGAGAAACUGUGCGACAACUCACCAGCGAGGAACAUCCGCUAAGUGAGCAAAUCUCUGUGAAGCAAUCUCAAGUGGACAAGCUAUACGCGGGUCUUAAGGAUCUGGCCGGCGAGCGUCGCGCUAAGCUGGACGAAGCUCUGCGUCUCUUCCAGCUGUCGAGGGAGGUCGACGACCUGGAGCAGUGGAUCACAGAGAGGGAACUGGUCGCCAGCUCCCAGGAGCUCGGCCAGGACUACGAUCAUGUCACGUUACUUUGGGAGAGAUUCAAGGAGUUCGCUCGCGAAACUCAAAGCGUUGGAUCAGAAAGAGUCGGGACGGCGGAGAGGAUCGCCGACCAGAUGAUCUUUAUGGGACAUUCAGACAACGCCACCAUCGCCCAGUGGAAGGAGAGUCUGAGAGAGACCUGGCAGGAUCUACUGGAACUCAUCGACACGAGGACACAGAUGUUGGCCGCGUCCCGUGAGCUACACAAGUACUUCCACGACUGCAAGGAUACUCUCCAGCGUGUGAACGAGAAGGCGCGCGGAGUCAGCGAGGAGCUGGGACGGGACGCAAUCAGUGUGAGCGCGCUCCAGAGGAAACAUCACAACUUCAUGCAAGACCUCAGCACGCUACAGCAACAGGUGGAAGCCAUAGAAUCCGAAUGCAGCCGUCUCGGAGCUUCGUACGCUGGUGAGAAGGCGGCCGAGAUAACCCGCCGUGCCGGCGAGGUGGUGGAGGCGUGGCGGGCUCUGCAGGCGGCGUGCGGCGCGCGGCGGGAGAAGCUCGAGGACGCUGACCAACUGUACCGGUUCAUCAGCAUGGUGCGAGACCUCACGCUGUGGAUGGACGACGUCGUGCGCUCCAUGAACACCGGGGAGAAGCCGCGUGACGUAAGCGGCGUGGAACUGCUCAUGAACAACCACCAGUCCCUGAAGGCGGAGAUCGAAACCAGAGAGGACAAGUUCACGGCCUGCAUCAGUCUGGGACGAGAGCUACUGGCGCGGCAACACUACGCCUCGCCCGACAUCAGGGACAAACUGUUACAGCUCACCAACCAGAGAAACGCUCUGCUGAGGAGGUGGGAGGAGCGCUGGGAGAACUUGCAACUCAUUCUCGAGGUGUACCAGUUCGCCCGCGACGCGGCGGUGGCGGAGGCCUGGCUGAUCGCUCAGGAGCCCUACCUCAUGUCACAGGAACUGGGACACACCAUUGACGAGGUGGAGAGCCUCAUCAAGAAACACGAAGCCUUCGAGAAGUCCGCGGCCGCCCAAGAAGAUCGCUUCUCAGCGCUGCAGAGGCUCACCACCCUUGAAACGAAAGCGGGAUCUCUAUGGCCCAAAGAAAAACCGUGGGAAACGUACGACGAAUCCUCUUUUAUCUAUCAACCCCCCACUUGCGAUAAAAUAAAAAAUCGCCCUCCAGCCUUAAAAAUCACAGACGACCGCCCCGUCUCCGAAAUAAUAUGCGAAAUAGUGCACACGAAUGAUAAAUAUAAGCUGCCAGAGAAAUGUAGGUCGAAACGAGCACACGGCAGCCAAACCACCAAGCCAGCGGCCAAAAACGACUCGUAUCUGUGGACGGUUGUAAAGAACAGUCUGUCGACGAUAUCCGAGGACAGCACUCCACAGCGGUCGCCGCUAAAGACACCUCUAUCACCAGAGAUUUACAGUUCAAUAUUCUUCGAAUAUAAUUAUGAGAAUGAGAAAAGUGACGAUAGAUUGGCCUGCGUCGAUUUGAUACUAUGGGAGAGACUAUCAUACCUGGGAGUAUAUCCAAAUGUGUCGCUACUGAGACGGCGCAGCACUUCCUCGUCCAAGUCCGGCAGUAGAAAGAGUCUGUGGAAGAGAUUGUCAUGGAAAAGAAAGUCCUGUGACGGUGACAAUAGCAGCGAUAUCGCCGUGCUGUCGCUACCCGGCCUGACGAGCAGCACGAGGGACAUCAACGAUCUCGGAAACGAAAUUAAAUCCAUUCCAUUAACAUCUUCAUUGCUUUUAUUAUCACAAACACGCAGCCUGUUGUUCCCAGAAGGUGACUGGUACUAUAACUAUAUGGAUAGUUUCGAGGUGAAGGAGAUGAAGCGGCGCCAGGAGGCGGCGGAGGCUGCGGAGAGAGAGAGACUCGAGAGAGAGGCAGAGGCUGCGGCCCGCGACACGCUAGACGCGGCCCAGGAACAGGAGCACGAGCCCGAAGAUUCCCCCACUCCCGCCACCCUGACCCCGACCCCGCCCGCGACAGUCGAUGACCCCCGACCCCCGCAGAAACAGACCCCAGCGAAACCCGCCAGACUCUCCACAGCCGGAACCAGCUCGACUCCAGUGACGCCAUCUACUUCCGGUAAGGUGAAGACGCGAUCUAGAAGCAAGUCGCCGUUCAGAAGCUUCCGUUGGAGAACGGCCAAGAAACUCCUGACGGGAGCUCAUCACAGCGACGACGAAGAGGGCGUAAGUCCCGCAGGGGAGGACGAGGGCGUCGAAGGGACGUUGGUUCGUAAACACGAGUGGGAAUCAGCAGCCAAGCGAGCCUCCAACAGAUCGUGGGACAAACUGUACGUGGUCGCUAAGGACGGCCGCAUGGCGUUCUACAAGGACGUGAAGUCUUACAAGGCAGCGCCGGAGCAACACUACCGCGGGGAGGCCCCGCUCGACCUCAACGGAGCCGUGGUGGAGGUGGCCGCCAACUACACCAAGAAGAAACACGUCUUCCGUCUCAGACUGAGCAGCGGCGCGGAGUUCCUGCUGCAGGCUCACGACGAGGCGGACAUGUCGUCGUGGUUGGAGGCGCUCCGGGCCCGCGCCGCCGCCCCCGCGCCCCGCUCACACACGCUGCCCGCACACACCGCGCACGAACCCAAGAGGAGGUCCUUCUUCACCCUCAAGAAGAACUAAGAGAUGAAGGAGAGCCGCAGCCGCCCGUAUCGCCCGCAUCACGUUUCUCAUUACGCCCCGAGCACGCGCCUGGCUCCGUGCUCCGUGCCCGUGCCCGCGCCCGCGCCGGUUCCCGGACGCCGCAUAUUUCUCACGACGCUUGCUAUAGCAAGCUUUGCUAAUGAAGAAAUUGUGUAGAGCGGCCUUCUGACGACUGUAGCACUUUUGUUAUUAUUUUGUUGCGUACAAAAAUUAUUUAAGACUGUUCGAUAUUUGAGUGUUUGAUCGUUUGCCUUGGUCUGAUAUUUAUUGAUCGGUCCCCGCGCCGACCCAACUCAUCCCAUCGUGUUCGUUGUAUCUUUAAAACGAUUAUUGAAGACAUAUUAUUAUUGAGAUGAAAAUAAAAUUAAUAAAUUGCGACGCUAUUUAUGAAUAGACGACUUCUAGUGUUUAACUCAGAUGACAUAUAUUAUAUAUAUAUAUAUAUAUAUAUAACUUAUAAAUCAUAGUGUACAUUCAGUUGAUCUAGACAUGUAUGAUGUUUUAUUAUCAGACAUUAAAAAAAAACCUAUUCUUUAAACGUUCUAUAGAGUAUCGACGACCAAGUUAAUGAACGGAAAUUGAAAAUUAUAUCGAUGUAACCGCAUUUACAUAACGUAGAUAACUCGACCAGUGAUUGAUGCAUCGUGAACCGUCGACUCCAGCUGUGGCAGUGUCUGUGUGGAGCUCGGCACCGAGUUCGUUAGGUGUAACUUAUUGAAAUGCUCUUAACCGACUCCGACGUCGCUGUCGGCCAUGACCGCUUAUCAUUAAUGGUUCACACUGAAUGUCAUUCUGCGUUCGUUACGCUGAGAGCCGACAGCGAUCUCCGAGUACAUAAUAUCCUUAUGAUAAAAUUAAUUCAAGAUGUAAGUAUGCUUUACGCCUCAUAUCGUGCUUUUAAGGGAUGUAACGUCUAUUGGUAUAUGUAAUGUUUUUAUUUUUUAUUUUAAUGAUUAUUUUACUGCCAACGUUUCACAAAUUGUUAUUUUAAUACGUACGACUAUAUCCGACGACACCAUUAGAUUUUAUUGAUCACAUUUUAUUUGUGUUAUUACAUAGUAUUUCAUUGUAUAGCUGGCUGGGUGCGCUUGCGAGUUGUCUCGUCACACGAAGCCUCUAUAAUGUUUAAAUAUUUUAUUUCAAAAUUUUACUUUUAUUUUGAUGAAAAUAUAAUAAAUGAUGUUUUCAAGUAA